AUGUCGGGCACCGACGGCACCCCUCAGCGGCGGCCGCGACCCGGGCCAUGGCCUUCGGAGUCCAAUCAGGCCGCUCCGGCGGCAAUGCCGCCGGCGUCCUGGGCGAAGAGGACGGGUUUCAAGGGAAGGGUCUCCGGGGAGUCCGUCUCCGGGGACUCCGGCCAGUUUGUGCCCAACAGGGCCGCCAAGGGGCCCGAGGUUCUGCCAGAUCUGGAGGCCGGUAGAGCUCGUCAGGGUCCCCCGCCCGCUGCCGCUGUCCCUCUCAACGGAGAGCCCGCGAGCAAGGAUAGAGUCGCAGCCCCGACACCCGAGGGCGAUCAACCGGUCAAGAAGAGGAAAGAUAGCGAUGGCGAAGGCGGGGCGGCCGCGAAGGGUCCCGGAGUUCAGGGAGUCAAUGGCCAAUCGAAGUCCGACCCACCUCCUCAAAAGUCACGGAGGGAAGAGGAGGCCGGGUCGUUGCCCCAGGUGCUAGAAGAUGAAGACUUCGUCGGGCGGCGACCUCACAUAAACUAUGAUCUCAGAGAAUCCCCUGGCCUCGGUGAACGCUUUCUCAACGUUGUCUUAUUCUGAGCAGAUGGAUUCCUUUCUGUUUUCUUUCGUAUUGAUUUCACCUAAAUGGUGACAUUUCAAAUGGAUGUAUGGGCUGCGUCUUAUAGUUUUCGCUGUCUUUCGAUCUCAGUUCCCAUCGCUUUCUACGGGUUUCAGCACUAUCUCUCCGUGGUGGGGUCGAUAAUUCUGAUUCCUCUAGUCAUUGUUCCUGCGAUGGGUGGUACCUACGUGAGCAACAAUACCUUCCCUUUUACUUUGAGCACGCGACAUUUGCGGAACUGUUUUCCUGAUUAAUCUAGCUGCAGGAUGAUACGUCUGCUGUGGUAUCCACGGUGUUCUUCGUUUCUGGGUUGACAACUCUAUUGAACUCCCUCUUUGGUUCAAGGCUGCCUCUCAUUCAAGGCCCAUCAUUUGUUUAUCUGGCUCCUGCGCUGGCGAUAAUCAAUUCUCCCGAGUUCUUGGGAUUGACAGGGAAUGUACGAGUCCUUAUCUCUCUUUUCAAAUUAUUCAUUUUUUCUGUGUAGGCUUUCUAUUUUAUAAUUCAGAUUUUCUGUUUUUUUUUUUCUGUCGUUGAAUAUGUUUAUUGUAUGCCUCACAGUGUGUGAAUAGUCGUUGUCCUUCCGUUUGUGGGAUGCUUCACUUAACUCUGCUCUUGCAAGCUCAUUAAGUUAGACAAGGAAGUGUAUUAGACGCCUUUCACGAUUUCUUAAAUAUCUUUUAAGUUGGAUUAUAGGUUAAUAGGCCACUUCUUAUGGGAAAAAUGGAAGAUCGAAGCAUAAUGGAUGGAAGAGACUUUAAUAAAAUGAUGUAGCGUUCUACUCAAUCGAGGACCAAGUGUUGGGUCCACAUUUGAGAUAGCGAUAAGAUAGAAAUGAUCAAGACCUUGGAAGUUGUUGAAGAACUGUUGAGAAAUGCCUUACUCAACUGGGGAUUCAGUGUCGGGCGUAAAAUUAAGUGAAACGAUCAAGCCUUUCCAUAUCGUGAAAGGAAUGUAGAGCAACGUCUUUCUCAGUUAAGGACUCAGUUGGUUCAUGUGGUUAUGUAGGUUGCUGGCUGCUUUCGUUUCCUCCCUGGAGGUGCGUGGCUAGGCUGGACUUCUGUUGCUUUGAUCAGGUUGGUUGGAUCAGCUUUUAAUUUGUCACCCAUCCGAGGGAUUAGUGUGGAGUGCUACCUUGAUGAGGUUGGGGCAACAGGUGUGAAGAUGUAAAUGGUUGGUGGAAAAAGGGGUGUUUAAUAUUUUUUCCUUAGCUGUGGUACCGACAGCCUUGUAAUGCUAAACGACGAAGAGGGCACAGAGAAGAAGAGAUUCGUAUAGCGAAUUGCGAUGGGAUUAUGGUAACCGGUUUCGCUAUGAUGUGGCAAUUGUAGUUAAAUGGGUCAUGGACACUCACCAGUCGUGCUUGAUGCUCACAGGUAUUCUCACUGGGGUGGGUCUCUUUGAUUGGUUUUAAUCUAUAUCCGAUAUGGUACCUGCUCAACAUUCCGAGGUAACCGUGCACCACGAGAAAUUCUCAGUUUCAUCAAUCGAUUAAGGGUUACUCUGGGAUUUUCGCUUGCAACUUUCAAGCGCUUUAUGAAGAUCCGAGUUUGGCGCGUCGGGGUGCUUCUUUAGAUGCAUAAGAUCUUUAAAGUAAAGUUUUGAGCAUUUCUUCCGUGUGUAUGAGGGCAUAUGAUUCUCCCCUUAUCCACCGGAUCAUCGGUGGCAUUGGCAUUUCAAUCCCUUUAAUGAAUACGUAGUCUGACAUAUUUGUUGGUCAGUGGCAAGUUUCUCCAUGUAGUCAAGGGGGAGAGAAUGCAGCUUUUGAAGCCACAUCUCCUUCUCAUAUCCUUUUAGUGGGUCACAGAAUGGAGGAAUCAUGGCUCAGGAAUAAGCCUAGCUCUUAGGACGUGUUCUGUCGGGGGACUGGCGACUCUCUGACUUUGUCGCAGCCUAGAAAAUAGUCGCCAAGGUUUGUUUUAGGCCCACUGAACCUUGGCCAUCAGAACUUGGAAUUAGGCGUCAAAACAUGUCCCCCUUGCAGGGUACACGGAUGAAUAAUAGGGGUCAUUGGAGAGCCAGCCAUUGGGGGGAUGUGGGGCGAAAGCCACCACUUUGGGGAAAAGUUUUACGCUUGCACAUGGAGAGAGGAUCAAGCAUUUGGGAACAGCACGUUUUUUCUCCUUUCAGCAUCGCACAUGUGGAUCUUGGCAUUUGCAGCAGGGUCCUGGGAAGAAGAAAGAGAAACCAUAGAUCACGAGAGGCCAUUGAAGGCUCAUACCACACAAUUGGAGGUGAGAGCUCAAUUUGCACAACAAUGGAGGUCGCACUAGGUCGCAUUACGCGUUUGCUAGAAAAUCCUUGCUCGCUUCAUUGGAAGGAUGUCUGUUGACUCACCCCAUAGUGGGUGAGACUGGCUUCCAACACGAGUCACAAGUGGGUCUGGGAGGCAGGACCUGCGAUCCAUCCUUCUCAUUUUUUCUGGUCGAUUCCCCUCCCUUCUCGAAAGUCGCUGCGUUCACAUGGGUUGGGAGGCGGCUCCUAGCUUUGAAGAAAGGUGGCUUUCACCGAGCAAACGAACACUGCGAACUUCUGUGAAGAUUUGAAGUAUGAGACAGGAAAACGGAACGACGAGGGGGUAAAAAAAAUAACUGCAAAAGAAAAGGAAACAUGGUGGUGGUCUUUUCUCUGCGAUUUGAUUGGUACGGACUCUCAUAUUGCAGAUGCAUAGUGAUGGGCUGGCCCUGAUUGUCAUGGAGCAAUGCCGGAGAGAGUCAGGUCGGGUUGAUGAUCCCACGCUACCAUCGUAGUUCGAUGAUCAGGUCGGUGAUCCCCGGACGAGCAAGGUCCUUCUAGUAUCCCAUCUGACCUUCCCAACUGGUGCUGUGACUCAAACUGUACAUUUGCCUAGGCAACCUCUUGUCUCCAUGACAUUCUCUCGGAAGAGAGUGUUCACCGAGCAAGGAAGAAUAUGUGACUGGUGCCCCGAUUUAUUUAUUGAUAUUUUUCAAAUCUAUUGAUUUGUUUAUUUAAUGUUUGUUCGGGGAAAAGGACCCUCAGUCUAAUCGAAAGGGAAACAGUUGCUGUGAGGAUCUUUUUCUUUUUCUUUUUCUUUGAGGCUUAAUCUCUUUCUUCUUUGUAACAGAAAUUUAGGCACAUAAUGAGGGCACUUCAGGGUUCCAUAAUAAUUUCUUCUGCGUUUCAAGCAUUUCUGGGAUACAGCGGACUUGCGUCAAUCUUCUUGAGGUAUGCCUUCUGUGUGUCACGCUGGCCCAAUUGAAUUUUCUUUCCUUGUUCGAGGGCAUCUCUGUGAGGAGGUUGGUUGCCUGUUCCUGGGCUCUCUGCUCGUAGUUUCGGUUUUUUUUGGAACUGGGAAAGAAGGCGCGGUGAUGACGGUUUUUGGUUUUCAGGUUGAUAAAUCCUGUCGUGGUGUCCCCGACAAUUGCGGCUGUUGGGCUCUCGUUCUUCAGCUACGGCUUUACCCGAGUGGGUGUGUGCCUGGAGAUCGGCAUACUGCAGCUGUUGCUCGUCAUCGUGUUCUCGCUCGUGAGUGCAGAGAGACUCCACCCUGCCACACCCAAUCCCGUCGGCGGGGUUUCCUCGUUUCCGCUGGAAAUUCAACCACCUCCCAUCCUAACUAAUCCUAAUCCUCUCUUGUUGUUGCAGUAUCUGCGUAGGGUAUCGGUGUUCGGCCACCGGGUGUUCCUCAUCUACGCGGUGAGUGGAGUACAUUCGAUCUCAUGAUCGGCCUUUUCUCCGUUCCUCUCCUUUGUUCUUCUUCGUAUGAAGGAAGGAAGGAUACCAUCUAUCGGCUGUUAGUUUUUGGUGUUGGGGUGCGUGCAUGACUGCGGCGGCGGGCCUUGUGCUGCGAGUUGCAGGUACCCCUGAGCGUGGGGAUCACUUGGGCCGUGGCUUUUCUUCUGACGGAAGUGGGCGCCUACAGCUACAAGGGCUGCGACGCGGACGUGCCCUCGUCGAACGCCGUGUCGGAGUACUGCAGGAGGCACGUCCCCAGGAUGAAGCACUGCCGGGCUGAUACCUCCCACGCGUUGAGGUCUUCUCCAUGGUUCAGGCUUCCUUAUCCGAUGCAGUGGGGUACGCCCAUCUUCGACUGGAAGAUGGUGCUCGUCAUGUGCGUGGCCUCUGUCAUAGCCUCCGUCGAUUCGGUGAGUUCCUGCUGUUAUUCUUCUUCGCACAUCUCUCACUGUUGGGGAUGACAUCGCUUCGCCAUAUCUUCUUUCUUUGUUUCUUUUUUGUUGGUGUGUGUUGAUCGUUGUUUCUCGCGGGAUUCUCUGGCUCUGCUGCAGGUUGGAUCCUACCAUGCGUCGUCUCUACUGGUGGCGUCGAGGCCUCCGACCUCUGGCGUCCUUAGCCGAGGGAUCGGUCUGGAAGGCAUCUCCAGCGUGCUGGCGGGUAUCUGGGGCACCGGAACGGGGUCGACGACACUCACCGAGAACGUCCACACCAUAGCCGUCACCAAAAUGGGAAGCCGGAGGGCCGUCGAGGUCGGCGCGGGCAUUCUGAUACUCUUAUCUUUCGUGGGUAAUCCCUAAUGAUCCCUAAGAACCCCCCCUAUCUAUUCCCUUGUCUGUCUUGUUUGUCGUUUGCCUUGGAAGAAGAAUUUUUCUUCUUCUUCUUCUUCCCCGGCUGAGUCAGUCAGUCAGUCAGGUAGGAGGUGCUGGAUUGAUGAACGAAGAUGCGUGCGUGCAUGGGUGCAGGGAAGGUCGGGGGAUUUAUCGCAUCGAUUCCUGAUGUGGUGGUGGCGGCCCUUCUCUGCUUCAUGUGGGCGAUGCUGGCGGCGCUGGGCCUGUCCAAUCUUCGCUACAGCGAGGCCGGGAGCUCCAGGAACAUCAUCAUCGUCGGGCUCUCUCUGUUCUUCUCGCUGUCGGUGCCGGCUUAUUUCCAGCAGUACGGGACCGUGUCCGGCGCGAACUCGGCGGUGCCCAGCUACUUCCACCCCUACGUCGUGGCGUCCCACGGGCCCUUCCGCACCAGAUACGACGGGGUAUGCUCCUUCGUUUCAUCUGAUCUCAUCUCACGUCAUCUCCUUUGCUGAAUUCCUCUGAGUUGACCCGGGGGUGCUGGGGUUUUUGGGUUUGGCAGGUCAACUACGUGAUGAACAGUGUGCUGUCGUUGCACAUGGUGGUGGCGUUCCUGAUCGCGGUGGUGCUGGACAACACGGUCCCGGGGAGCAAGCAGGAGCGCGGGGUGUACAUAUGGUCGGAGCCGGAGGUCGCGAGGCGGGAUCCGGCGCUCGCCAGGGACUACCAGCUCCCGUUCAAGGUCGGGAGGCCCUUCCGGUGGGUCAAGUGGGUGGGGCUCUGA